AUGAAUGUGAGAGUCACUAAGGCUAGUUCCCAGUUGAUCACUGCCACCAUUUCAAGGCAAGACUAUCCUGAUUGGAUUUUAUCUGCUAUCUAUGCUAGUCCUAUUAGUCAAAAAAGGGAAGAGCUGUGGAAUAAUUUGGAAAGAACUUCCCAAACUAUCACUGAUCCUUGGCUCUUAACUGGGGAUUUUAAUGAUUUUGCUUCUCUAGAUGAAAACAGAACCAUGUCUGGAAGCCAAAACCAAAGUCAAGAUCAAAGGAGAGCUCGGAAAUUUACUGAGAGGGUGAACAAUUGCAACCUGAUGGACUUGGGAUGUGCAGGUCCUAAGCUCACUUGGUCUAACAAUAGAAAGGGGUGGGCUAAUACUAUGGUGCGACUUGAUAGAGCCAUGUGCAACACUGAAUAG